CGGAAUCUCCGCCAGCUGCGCAGACUCCGCAGCCCUCACACCGUCACAUCAGGGUUUUCCGUCGGUCUGCGCGGAUUUAGUCGACUUAUUUAUUUAAUUACUCGUUAUAUAAUACACACCGACUUAAAAGACACACUCGCACACACUGAUCGUCCUCAACCUACUAGCGCACCCAAUGCACAAGUCCUCCUGACAGACUUGAAGCGACAGAGCUGACCUGAAUAUAUCCACUGAGUCCGUGUCCCCACACUGAGGUAGGCCUUUCUGAGCAGACGGACUCACAGAUACACCAGCGGACAUACAACAGUGUCAGCAGCCCAUCAGCAGCCUGCGGCUCGAGGAGUAGAAGCAGCGUCCAAUACUGCAUCCACACCAUCCACUCCCAUCUGCCUCCUCCUUGUCACAUCUGACAUGGCAGACCCCAGCCUCACGUCGCCCUCUGAGACGCCGCUGCGCUCCCCCAACGCCUCUCUCACCCUCUCCUUCCCUUUCCUGAGGGAGAGGAGCCGGGUAUGGGAGGAAGGGAAGGAAAUGCCACUGCCUAGGGAUCUGCCCAGCCCACUGCCAACCAAACGCACCCGCACCUACUCAGCUACGGUGCGUGCACACUCAAGUCCGGUGUUUAAGGGUGUGUGUAAAGACUUCUCGAGGUCACAAGGUCACGGCUUCAUCCGACCCUCCCACGGCGGCGAAGACAUCUUUGUUCACAUCUCAGACAUCGAGGGGGAGUAUGUCCCAGUCGAGGGCGACGAGGUCACGUACAAAGUGAGCCGGGUCCCGCCCAAGAACCUGAAGGUGCAGGCAGUGGAGGUGAAGAUCACACAUCUCAACCCAGUGACAAAACACGAGACCUGGUCUGGGCAGAUCAUCAGCUCGUAGACCUGAGCUCCGGGAGCCUGGUGGGUCGGGCUGGGCAGGGUUGGGGGCGCGGACCGGUCGUGGGACUGAUAACUUACAUUCUGUGCUGAAAUCCUUUUCCUUUUGUUAAAAAAAAAAAAAAGUUUGACCUACACAGCAAUGUGUCCAGCGUUAACAAGUGUCAAUAGUUCAGUUGUAGUUGGCAGUUAGUCCACUCAGAGUGACGAUUUACUCUGUUAAAAACUGAAUUUGCUGUGUAUGUUAAACUGACAAUUUAUUCAUUGUUAGGACAAAAACACAUUUGUUUUAUUUAUUUAUAUUUUUGUCAUGACAGCAGUAAAUAAGAUGGGAGGAGAAUGUUACGGGGAAGAACUUGUGGGCUUCAUUUUUCACAGAGAUCAGCUGUUUAGGAAAGUAUUGGGAAAACUGUAUACAUGACUGUGGUGCAGUUCUGCAGACAGCUGAAUGUAUGUACAAGAAAGAGAGCGACUAAAGGACAAAAGGUUGAAUUCAGUUUUACUUCCCUUCUGUGCAGCUGUUAUGCACUUGUUUACUUCACCAACGUUUCCAGGAUCACAUGUUGUGGCUCAGAUGACUUAUCAUGGUGUCAUCUGUUUUUACAUCAAGUGCAGAAAUAAGAUGAUAAGAAACUUCAAAUUUAACAUCAGAGAUUAUGGACGUAAAAGCAAGUAGUUUAGGGGCCUGAAGUUGAGGAGAUUUGAGUGACUGUUGCUGAAUGAAAGAAAGUUGAAAUGGCAGGUUAACAAUCCUUAGAGCAUUUAAUAACAGCAGUUUUUGCAUUGAAAUGAAAUCAAAUGAAAUUGAAUCUAUACAAUUAUAAAAAAAAAUGAUAUAAAUGAUUCUAUGUUUGCUGUGUUGACGUCUCAUGACCCUUGAGAAGGGUCACAGGUUUAGAAACAUGACCUUAGGGAACAAAAAAAGAAGAAGUAAGUUUUAUUUUGAAAUGGAGAGAGGAACUAAAGUUUUAAGUGAGAUUAAGUUGGAAGUUAGGAAUUCAGUUUGUCUGAGACAGAAAAAGCAUUAAGGCAGACCAGGAGUUAAGCAGGCAGAUCACAUUGAAGAACACUUCAAAAAACAUAAAAACAAUAUAUUUUAUGGUGAAUGGAAAGUGAUUUUCCUGAAAAAGGCAUAUCCUUGGUCUUGGUUGGUAUUGUUUGUAUACCAAUACAACCAUUUGUAUUUAUUUUAAUUAUUUAUUUGAUGAUUUCUUUCAGUUCUGUGUGUGUCCUCAGAUAGCAAGCUCUAUAUGUUGGGUAAUACAGUCAAAAAUUGCACUUAAAAAUUGAACUUUCACUAUGAAAACUGCCACAGAACUCCAGACAUCGCUGUCGGGUAUUUAUCAAUGUGUUGUUCUGUUCGACAGUUCCUGUAUUGAAAGCGUCUGGAUCCAUGGAUUUCUGAUAAACAAAACUAUUUCUAAAUCUCUUUUUCUAUUAUUAGAAAAACAUAUGUCUGUGUGUGAUUUAUUGAGCGUAGUCAGUGUGAUGGUGAACUACAUGAUUUCAUAGUUUGUGCCAAUAGAGAUAAUUUUGAGAUCAUUGUUUUGCUCAGUUAUGUACUGUACUGUAUGUCAUUUUCUAUUAUAUCUGUUCUAUAUGGUCUCUAUGCAUCUCGUCUCUCUGUCAGUGUCACUGCCUGAAUUUGUUCAACAUUAAAUUUUAUUUCUGUCACAGCAAAGGGCACUUUCUUUUGUGGAUGAGCCACUGUGGCGGUGAUCCACAUGAAUACUUCUACUGAGCCUUGAAAGAACAUUAAAGGAUUUUCUGAUUCACA